UUUUUCGAUCUAGUAACACAGUUACUAUUAGCGGUCGUGUCAAAUGGAUGCUUCGGGCGAGCAUUUUCGCGUAAAUUAAUUGAUUUCUUCUAAUUAAAUUAUUGUGAAUCUUUGUGUUGGCGACAAAAGUGUGAUGUGAGCCAUGCAAAAUAAUAUUGUGCACAGAUUCAUGUAUGUGACUUUAAAAUAGGAUAGGGGUGUAUCGUGAAAAUAAAAAUGGCUUCAGGAGAAGGAGAUAGUGAUCAUAUAGAAAUGAUGGAAGCCGUCAAAAAGGCAGAGGCAACGGGACACUCAGGUUCCGAGGACGAUGAUCGCGACAGAGCCUCAAUCGCGGAGAAAAAUGUACCUUACGACCCAGCGGUGGGCCCUCUGGGCGCCAUCAGCAAGGUACACAAGUCGGACCGCAAGAUCGGCCACCGGCGGGUCGGCGAGGGCGGGGAGAUCACCUACAAGAAGAUCCAGUCCUCGCAGAUUAUGGGCUCCAUUCAACUGGGAAUUCAACAUGCAAUAGGUGGUCUAGCGUCUAAGCCAGAGCGCGAUCUUCUCAUGCAAGACUUCAUGACAGUGGAGACCACAAACUUCCCGCACGAAGGCUCGAACCACACGCCCGCGCAUCACUACUCCGAGUUCAAGUUCAAGACGUACGCGCCGAUCGCGUUCCGCUACUUCCGGGACUUGUUCGGCAUACAGCCGGAUGACUUCCUUAUGUCAAUGUGCAGUGCACCCCUGCGCGAGCUCGGCAACCCUGGAGCGUCAGGGAGCAUCUUCUACCUCACCAACGAUGACGAGUUCAUCAUCAAGACCGUGCAACACAAGGAGGGGGAGUUUCUGCAGAAACUCCUGCCAGGGUACUACUUAAAUCUCGAUCAGAACCCCCGCACGUUGCUACCAAAGUUCUUCGGCUUAUACUGCUACCAGUGCAACAGUAAAAACGUGCGGCUAGUGGCCAUGAACAACCUGCUGCCUUCCUACGUCAAACUGCAUCAGAAGUACGACCUUAAGGGGUCCACUUAUAAGAGGAAAGCAAGCAAAACUGAAAGACAAAAGAACUCACCGACAUACAAAGAUCUGGACUUUAUGGAACACCACACAGAGGGGCUAUUCUUAGAAGCGGACACCUAUAGCGCGCUUAUAAAGACUAUGCAGAGGGACUGCCGAGUAUUAGAGAGUUUUAAGAUUAUGGACUACUCUCUCCUAGUGGGUAUCCACAAUUUGGACGAGGCCCAAAGGGAGAAGACAGAGGCCCGAAAGAGUACUGAGUCCGGCCAGAGUGACGACGAAGAUGAGCCUAAGAAGAGCGGACUUAACAGGACCAGAUUUGAACAAAGCAAAGAGGAUUUUAAGGCACAAGUCAAAAGAACACAGUCCAUAAACAGACAGCGGCUCGUCGCUCACUCCACAGCUAUGGAGAGCAUCCAGGCUGAGAGUGAACCCAUCGACGAAGAGGAAGAUGUUCCGCCGGGCGGUAUUCCAGCGCGGAACGCGCGCGGCGAGCGUCUCCUCUUGUUCCUGGGCAUCAUCGACAUCCUGCAGUCGUACCGCCUUCGCAAGAAGCUGGAGCACACCUGGAAGAGCAUGAUACACGACGGCGACACAGUGUCGGUGCACAGGCCGAGUUUCUACGCGCAACGAUUCCUCGACUUCAUGGGGAAGACGGUGUUCAAGAAGAUACCUUCGUUGGACCUACCGGAGAUCAAAGGCAACCACCGCAAGUUCAGAACCCUCGUCACCAGCUACAUAGCACUGAAACACUCGCCGUCGAAGAGAAAGAGCAUCGCGAAGCCGGCCAGACCUCAGGAAGAGAUCGACACUAUGGGAGCCACUACGUCCGCUGGAAUCGCCAUGAGAGCAGUGUCCCUAACCGAUGUCACAGCUCAAAUAACACCCACUUCGGUGACUUCUCCGGUUUCUACAGCAGCUAAAAUAGCGCCAGCGGUGCCGAAGAUGGCUGUAUCCGAACCCGAUGUAGCGUUCCCGGCUGUUCUCAAAGGCUCUCAGAAACAGAGAGUGCCCCCGCCCGUCCCACCGCGUGGUUCCCCUAAAACCAAACGCGGUGGCGGCACUGGCGUGUCACAAGCAAGCAUAGAGACCAAAGCUGCCGCGCCGCUCUCCUGUUGUUCGACACCGCCGCCGCCGUUCGAAGAAUCUCUCCCACCGAGGACCAGCCGCACAAACUCCUCUUCAACAACCUCCUCAAGUGCUUCUGGGAGGAGAAGAGGUGCUUCUAGUGCAGCCAGUGUUAUGACCACGUCGUCGGCGUCAUCGUUAGCAUUGACGCCUGCAGCGCUAAGCAGUGCGAGGAGCCAUGAAGCUAGCGUAUGUUGGACGCCACCAGCAUCGGUGGAGGGCUCCACGCCGACGUGGACGGAGGGCACGCCGAGCUUCACGGAGUCCAGUAGUAGUGAACAAGGCUACCCCAUAACCCCGGGUCGCGGUCACACCCCCAGCUCAGACCGACGCUCCCCGCGCCCCGCACCGCCGCCCAGAGCGACCCCCAUCAACUGUCUCACUACAGAAAUGAUGCAAUUAAAACAGAGAGUUGAUUUCGAUUACAAAUGAUAACAAGUUCUAAGUUACAAACAGUUACGACACAAUUUGUGGCGUAAAAUACAUGAAGCGAAUUUUAUUAAUACGUUAAGCUGCCUUUGUUUUAAGGAUAUGCGUAUAGCGAGUGGUGUGGAUCUGAAAUGCCCUUUCUUGGCGUAACUACAUUAUUGAUUAAAAAAAGGAGAAAACGACUAAUAUUUUGAGAUGAUAAUAUUGCGUUUGCUGUAUUAAUUUUUUAUUUUUUUUUUAAUGUCGGUUAGCGUUAAUCUUUUCUUUCCCGUACGUAACAGAAACAAAAAACCGCGCACCUGUGGGCUCGACUCCUGGAGUCGAGUUACGUAGAGUAGAGUAGAGACGUCUCUAUCUUGCUCUAAAUUAUAUUACGUGUUGUAAAAAGGAAAAGGAUGGCAUAUACUCAAUACUUCUAAUCAUCAAAAAAUACAUGAAAUCUAAAGGCAGAAGGGCACAUCAAAAGGUCGUUCACUAUUCUACGCAUCCCUUCAUGAACAGCAGCUUUUUAAACGAUCCAGUUAUAAUUAUUUUGGUGUAUAAAUAUAAUCUUGCUUGAACGGUUUUUAUAUAAACAUUAAAUUAUUGCUACAAAGUAGGUAAAGUUACUCUAGUGGCAAUCGCUGAGCUAAUGUUUUGAAAGCCAGCCAAAUAUAUUACAAAAAUUAAAAAUCUUUAUAGUUGUUUUUAAGGUCUUAUUCAAAAGGAAUGGAGGACGGUAUCAAUUAAGUCAGAGACGAAACCUACGAGUUGAAAUGUCGUAUUGGAGUUGAAACACAUUUUGUCAUACUUAUAAACAUGGAUCAAUAUUUAAACCUCAAAUUUCGUGAAAGUAAAGUGGACGUAAUAACUACUGCUUAAAGUUCACUUUACUUUGAAGGAAUUAAAGUUUAAGUACUAUAACGACUUUUUUGGACUGUUCGUUGUUGUAUUUUGUAUUAUGUAGGUACUGAUUUGGCUGGUUUUUUAAAAUAGGCUCUGUAUAUGAAACACAAAAUAUCGUGCUUCCAUAUUGUGGAGUACAUCGUAAUAAAUUAAUUAUAGUUUUGAGAUAUUAGUAACUUGUAUAGAUUUUUAUAAUAAGCAAUAAUAUGUACCUACGUGUAAAUAAGGGUUUUAGGGCAUUCUCUAAAUGAUCUGAACUUAAGUCGAUUCAUCUUGUUGCAUAUUUCUAUCAAUUGAGAUAUGUUGGAACAGGCCAGUUGUAUUUUUUUUAUAUACAGGGUGAUUUUGUAGUAGUGGAUUGAGAUCUACCACUUACUGGGUACUUGCCUGGGUACUUCCCUCUAGUUAUUUUAAUUUAAUAAGAAAUCUAAAUCUCGAAAACCGUUUGACGUAGAAAGAUAAAAUUUGGCAGGGAAGAACUUUAUACUUAGAAGUUCUAUGCUAAGACCGGAUUUUACGACAAGGCCAUAUUAAGGAGGUAUAACAUCCGUUAGUGUUUUGUAUUGAAUUAAAAAAAUAUCGACACCUCGCACAAAAGAAAAUGUUUUUUUUUAGUAGUCGAUUGUGUUGCCAACUGAGAAAUGAUACUUUCGUAUGGAAUAUCUACCACUAAAAAUCACCCAGUAUAUUUAGAUUUUUCUAUUCUGGCAACUACAACUGACAAGCAAGUGAAUGUUACCAUAUUCAAAGUAUUAUUCUGUGCUCGAAAUGCUGAAACUAACAUAAAUAUUGAUAAUGUAAUAAUUUCAUUGCUUACGUAUUAAAAAAAAAUACGUACAAUACGUGGAAUUAAAAUUAUGGAGUUGAAAUAAAUAUACAGAUAGACCAAUGAGAAAGAUGUCUGAAGACCACUGGAUUUAUCUAAGACCGGGUGUCUAUCUAGUCUAUAGUUCAGAGUUUUUGACAAUAUUCCCUAAAAUCCUGUUUAAUAGAUGUUCUCAUAUUAAGUUACGAUGUUACUUGCAUAGUAACUUACAAAUAUGAUAAUUAUGCAAAACAUUGGGACUUAUCUAAUAAUUUGUUGGCAUUUUUAAUACUGAAUAAGCGAAUGAUGUCUUUUGUAACCUCAUUCAUAACCUGCACGCAUUUUAUCCCAAAUUCCGAUCUAUUCGAUUCCAGUGGGAGGUCAAAAUUUAACUGUAAGCUGUAAAGCCAGUUUCUAAAACGAAGUUUUAGUUUAAGACUAUUUUUCCCCUUCCAAAAUGCGGUGAGGGUUUGAGUGGGUAGCUCCCACUUAAAGUCGAGUAUUUCAGAAAAAGAUUUCUUACCAAAACAAAAAAAAAGUGAAAUUAGUUAUAAUAACGUUAAGACCCAAAAAAAAAUAUUGGUGAUAAAAGAGAUGCUUUUUGGGGACCUACCCGGACCUUGGAUCUCAAGAUCCCUAGCCAGACAAGAUAACGAAGCGAAGUUGUUGAAGAUAUACAGAUGACGUCAUUCGCAUUUUCAAUAUGUACUGAAAUGCGUGUAAUGUGCGAGCAGCUUAAAUUAUAAUGUUCUUUUGGAAUUAAGUGGUUUUACUAGGUAAUUUUAAUAUAAAUAAAUAAUUUGUAGGAUUUUUUGUAAAAAUUUGCAGAUAUUUUUGCGAAAAUAAUUGAAUCGCGACAAUAGAUAGUUGCUGCUGUAGGUACUAAUGACUUGCAAAACUUAAUCACAUAGGAAAGAUCUCUAUGGACAAUCUAAUACAAAUUAAAAAAAUAAACUUCAGGCAGUAGGUCUAAUAUACAGUGAAUGUAGUUUGCACAAAUAGUAAGCAUGUACCAUAUUAAGAUCUAGUCCAAAUAACAAGGUGUCCUUUAAUUUUUAGAUUAUUGAAUAUCAUACGUACAGUUAAAUGAAAAUAAAACGGAGAAUUUAACUAGUUUGAAUGAUUUAAAAACGAAAUGUCUGCAAAUAUUUAUAAUUAAUCCUAUCUUGUCUAAAUAAAAAUUGAAUUGUAAGAUCACGACUGAAAAUCUAGUACGUGUUAAACGACGUUAUAAAUAAAUUUAAUCAUUUAGGGUAAAAGGAAAUUUAGAUCUGGCAAUACUUAAAUUUAAACACCUCGGGGAAGUAAUGAUUUCUCUGAGUUAAUAGUUGAAGCCUAGUCUACCAGUUGCAUGAGUUAAUUAAACGUAAAGAUGCCUAUAAUUAGAUAGUCAUACUUCCAGAUAUAAAAAAAAACAUAUAUGAAAAUUUAAUGUCUACAGACAGAUUAUAAUACCCGGCUGUACAUAAUAAGUCUUGAAACGGAGUCUGGCCUCUUAAUAAUCUAUGUUCAACAAUAAUAUUAUAAUAAAUUAAAAAAUUUGAAGUUAUGCUAAAAUGUUUUCAUAUUUAUAAAAAAUAGUAAUCUACAAAAUUUGGUCAUUUUUAUGGGAUAAAAUUAUCUAGAUAUGCUAUUUAUUGGCCAGACUCUUUGGUUAGCAAUUAUUAUUUAAUAUAAAACGUCGUUGAAGCUUGCAACCUCCAAAUCCAAUCCUAUAUACCAAUCACUUUAAAAUUUUGCUCAGUGUUGCCAACGUAUAAACGACCAAUGUUACUGUUGAUAGCUUAGUGUUGCCAGUUGAAAUAUAAUCGUAUUUUUUUUUAACAAGGUUGUAUAUGUUAACGAAAGCAAUCGAUAUUUCGCUUAUAAAAUGUAUAAUCGGCUUCAUGUGAGUGGUCAAUAUAGUAAUGAACAUAUAUGAGUAAUAUUUUGAUCUGUAAGUCAUUUUAAACAUAAAUGUACAUUAUAUGGUUCCGACAAAUUUCAAACAAUUUAUUAAGUUUUUAGUAAAUGUUAUAAAUUUCUAUUGUUUACUUGUAUUAACGAAAUUUCAUAUUUGAUAAGUAAGUAUAUCUCUUUGAUGAGCGUUUUAGAAUUUAAACUAUAUUGAGUAUUAUUCAUAUUAAUUUACUAAGAAACACGGCUAAAUGACUAAGGGUCCCGUAUGGAUUCGAAACUAGUCGGGCAUUCUCUGAUGUUGUAUCAAGUGGGUUAUAGCCGUUACAUAAUAAAUUCUUUGAUAAGCGAUUGUGGUACGUACAAAAAACUUUACAAUAACUUACAGAUCAAUUUUUUAAUAUUAAAUAUUUUCUUGUGGAAUGUGACCAAACAUUAUUAACAAAUACAUGAAAAACAUAGUUUUUUGUUAGAAUUUUUUUUUAUAUAACCAGUAUUCUUGUCUUGCAUAAAAUGGGAUUAAAAAGAGAGAGAGUAAACAUAAAUAAUAAAAUUAAUAUGCAAUAUGUUUCAAUGUGUUCAGAGCUUGCUUUAUGUCAAAUAAUGUUAUAUAGCUACAAUACAGACCGGAAUGCGACAAGUAAAUACUGGUAUUAAUAGUUAAUGAACUUUAUACAUACUUAUUAAAUAUUUAUGGCAACAAUUUUCACCGCCAAGGGGAUUUAACCUGGUAUAUUUAAUUGUAUUUAUCUUUGACCCACUUGUUUUACUAUCAAAACAAAACCAAAGUGGGCAAAGAUAUAUUUAUGAAUGUCAGAAAAUCUAUUAUAUCUGAGAAAAAGUUACAAUUUUCUCAGAGGAAUUGCUCAUUAAUUUUUGGUUAAAUAAUAACGUUGUCUAUGGUCACAUCUCCCAGGAAUAGGUCAAAUGAAGUGUGAAACCGUUCCGUUGUUCGUUGUUACUAUUAAACCAUUGUAUAUUCUGUUGUUGUUAACUAUUUAAGGUAAAGAGAAAAUCGUAGAAUAAACAUUUUAAAUUAUAA